AUGUCUUCUUUUACAUCACCAGAGUUGGACUCUGAUACCAUCCUAUCAACUGAAUUCACAACCCCGGAGGGAAGUCUCAAUGGCGGCACAGACAAGAGUGAUUCAAACUCCCCUGGGACGAGAAGUGCCGGGGACGUGAGCGAUACAGAGAGCCCGAUAGUGGGAAAACCAGUGCAGAGUAUCUGUUGUGUUGGCGCGGGAUAUGUCGGUGGACCGACCGCUGCAGUGAUCGCAUUAAAGAACCCUCACAUUCGGGUCACCGUGGUUGACAAAGAUGAGCGUCGCAUUCGCCGGUGGAACUCGCGACACUUGCCCAUCUACGAGCCCGGCCUUGCAGAGAUUGUCCGAGUCUCACGAGAUGGACUGUCACCAAGCUCCGAAAAGAAGUCAACCCAUACCGAUGACGAUAACCAAUAUACCGAGUCACAGAUCCCAGGUAUCAACUCCUUUAGGGCACCCAAUCUGUUUUUCUCUGCGAACGUAGCGGAAUGUAUCCGCGAAUCCGACAUUGUCAUAAUUGCGGUGAAUACACCAACCAAGAUGCGCGGCUCUGGUGCAGGCAGUGCAACAGACAUGACAGCGUUCGAGGCCGUUGCUGCAGAUGUUGUACAACAUGCCAAAAGUGGUGCUGUCAUUGUGGAGAAGUCUACAGUCCCUUGCAGAACCGCUCAGAUGAUACAGGAAAUGAUUGCUGUUCGCCGACCCAAAGCACGUUUCGAGAUUCUGUCCAACCCGGAGUUCCUUGCGGCCGGAACCGCCAUUCAAGACCUGUUGCACCCGGACCGAGUCAUCAUCGGUUCCUCAACCACCAAAGAUGGACAAGUCGCAGCGGAGACCUUGGCUGGGGUAUAUGCCGGGUUUGUUGAUCGAUCUCGCAUUAUCACCACAAAUAUCUGGUCAUCAGAACUGGCCAAACUUGUGGCCAACUCUAUGCUUGCCCAGCGACUGAGCAGUAUCAACAGCAUUUCGGCAAUCUGUGAGGCCACAGGUGCCGAGAUCAAUGAGGUCUCCGCUUCCAUCGGAAUGGAUUCUCGGGUUGGCGACAAAUUCCUCCGUGCUGGAAUUGGAUUCGGCGGCAGCUGUUUCAAGAAGGAUGUUCUCAGUCUCGUCUAUCUCGCUGAAUCUCUAGGUCUCAAGGAAGUCGGAGCAUACUGGCGUCAGGUCGUCACCAUGAACGAGUACCAGCGGAAUCGGUUCACCAGUCGUGUCAUCAAGUGUCUCAACAACACCCUGGUCGGGAAGAAGAUCACUCUUCUAGGUUACGCUUUCAAGAAAAACACAUCUGACACCCGCGAGGCACCUGCGCUCGAAAUAAUCAAGACAUUGCUGGAUGAAAAUCCAGGGGAGAUUGCCAUCUUCGACCCCUGCUGCAACCCUUACGUGAUUGAAAGCGAGAUCCGUCAGUUGCACGGGUAUGGUCCCCCAGCACUCAGAGACGACGGCGGAGCCGUCAAGGUCUACCACGAUGCUUACGAAGCGUGUGAAUCCUCAAAUGCGAUUCUCAUUGUGACCGAGUUUGACGAAUUCCGCAACACCGAAUCGGCUGCCAUUACAUCUCCACCUGCCACCGUUGCCUCGAAGGAUGUUCAAACCGAUAUUAUUUCCAAUAUUGGAGGUACGAAGGAUAGUGCUUCCCUCUCCUACCUUCAGGAAACACUCAAUGAGGAGCCUACCUGCGCUCUCGAUUGCCCCGAUUGUCAGCGAGAGAAUGGGAAAGACCUUGCUGCUCGUAAGCUCAGCGAUGCUCUUCCCAAGCAGCAGGUAGACUGGGAGAGAAUUGCGGAGAGCAUGAGCACGCCCAAAUGGCUGUUUGACGGACGAUGCAUUAUUGAUAUCAAGAAGAUGACCAGGUUGGGAAUUCGGGUUGAGAGUAUCGGUUCAGCUGGUGAUGGAUUUUAG